UUUUGAAACUGGUCUACAACGGUCAGAUUUUCAGACGCCCUGUAGAAAGAUGUGGUCUGUUUGACUUGUAACUUCUGCAUUUCUAACCAGCCGAAAUUCGUCAAACAUCACGACUCGGAUAUAAGAACACUUGUACACAUUUAUAGGACAUAAAUUUAACGAUUCAGAAUGCUUCGAGUACCCUUACACAAGGCCUUGAGCCUUCCAAAUUUACGACAGUUGUCACCAGCAUUGCGUGGUAUUUCUAGUACCCCGGUGCAACUUGAAAAAAUAGAGGUUUUUGUGGAUGACAAACCUGUAUUGGUGGAGCCUGGCACCACAGUGUUGCAGGCAGCUGCAAUGGUUGGUGUUGAAAUUCCUAGGUUUUGCUAUCAUGAACGUUUGGCCGUUGCUGGAAAUUGCCGUAUGUGCCUGGUGGAAGUAGAAAAAUCUCCUAAGCCUGUUGCUGCAUGUGCUAUGCCUGUGAUGAAAGGUUGGAGGAUUAAAACCAACUCAGACAUGACCAAGAAAGCUCGAGAAGGUGUCAUGGAAUUUUUACUUGUAAACCACCCUCUUGAUUGCCCGAUUUGUGAUCAAGGUGGAGAGUGUGAUCUACAAGAUCAGAGUAUGGCGUUUGGAAGUGACAGAAGCCGCUUUACUGACAUUCAGUUUGAUGGAAAGAGAGCUGUAGAGGACAAAGAUGUUGGACCUCUUAUUAAAACUGUCAUGACCCGAUGCAUUCACUGCACCCGCUGUAUUCGUUUUGCAUCUGAGGUUGCUGGAGUGGAUGAUCUGGGAACGACUGGUCGUGGUUCUGAUAUGCAAAUUGGUACUUAUGUUGAGAAAUUCUUUUUAUCUGAACUCUCUGGUAAUGUAAUAGACCUCUGCCCUGUUGGAGCUCUAACUUCAAAACCAUAUGCAUUCACUGCACGGCCAUGGGAAACCCGCAAAACUGAGAGUGUUGAUGUCAUGGAUGCAUUGGGCAGUAAUAUUGUUGUGGCAACCAGAACAGGAGAGGUGCUUCGAAUUCUUCCCAGACUGAAUGAGGACGUGAAUGAAGAGUGGCUUUCAGACAAAUCUCGUUUCGCUUGUGAUGGACUAAAGCGUCAACGUUUAGUUGCCCCUAUGUUGAAAAAUGAAAAUGGGGAGCUAACCGCAGUAGAGUGGGAAGAUGCUCUUAUUGGUGUUGCUAAAGCUUUGCUUAGGGCAGGAGGUCAAUCUGCUGCUGUUGCUGGAGGUUUAGCUGAUGCUGAGGCUCUUAUUGCACUGAAAGAUCUAUUGAACAAACUUGGAUCUGAGGCUCUGUGUACAGAACAUACAUUCCCUCAAGAUGGCUCAGGAACUGACCUGCGUUCCAGUUACCUCCUUAACAACAAAAUUGCAGGAGUUGAGGAUGCUGAUCUUAUUCUUUUAAUUGGUACCAAUCCUCGUUAUGAAGCUCCUCUCUUAAACGCUAGGAUCCGCAAGACCUGGAUUCACAAGGAAUGUGAUGUGGCUCUAUUGGGGCCAAAGGUUGAUCUGUCAUAUGAUUAUGAGCAUCUAGGUGAUGAUACUACAACCUUGAAGAAGUUGGCAUCUGGUCAGCAUCCAUUCAACAAAAAACUGUCUUCAGCUAAGAAGCCGAUGAUUAUUUUGGGUGGUCAACAAUUCGGGAGGCAGGAUGCUGCAGCUAUUCUAGCCGCAGUUCAACAGCUAUCACAAUCUCUCAGUUCAUCUAAUAGUGAUAAGGAAUGGAAAAUUCUCAAUGUUCUACAGCAGGUUGCCUCUCAAGUUGCUGCUCUAGAUAUUGGCUACAAGCCAGGUGUUAGUGCCAUCCGUGAGGAUCCUCCCAAAGUUUUGUUCCUCUUAGGUGCUGAUGAAGGCACUAUUACCAGAGCUGAUCUGCCCAAGGAUUGUUUUGUGGUUUACUUAGGACACCAUGGAGAUCAGGGAGCGUCAAUGGCUGAUGCUAUUCUUCCUGGUGCAACUUACACAGAAAAACAAGGCACAUAUGUUAGCACUGAAGGCCGAACACAACAGACACUGGCUGCCGUCACACCACCAGGAAUGGCCCGUGUUGAUUGGAAGAUUAUUCGGGCAUUGUCAGAGGUUCUGGGUGAGUCUCUCCCCUACGAUGAUCUUAAUGGAGUCAGGCAAAGGCUCACAGAGGUUGCUCCUCACCUGACUCGUUAUGGAUCAGCAGAGAAUGCCAACUACUUUGCUCAGGCAGUAGAGCUCUCCAAGACUGUGAAGGCCCAGCUAGCUUCAACUCCACUUGAUGUGAAGUUAAAGGAACUUCAAGAUUUCUUUAUGACAGAUGCUAUCAGCAGAGCAUCACCUACUAUGGCUAAGUGUGUACAAGCAGUCUUGAAGCAGAAGACUUCAAAGUAUUGAGUAGUAGUUUAAACCAAUUUCUAUUCAACAUGUAAUGCAGAUUUUUUUUUAACUAAAGAGGUUUGCUUGAAGAGGUAGCUUUUCUCUUCAAUGUGAAAUUUUAAUGAACUAUCAGGAACCAACCUGUCAGUAACUUGAAUCCUAUCUUACUUUACAAGUGGUUUGUACAAAGAAAAUGAUAAUUUAUAUGUGUUUAAAGCAGAAACUUUGCUUGUCUUCUUACUACAACUUUAUUUGAUGUGAGCAAAAUUUUGGUAAAACUUUUAAUAGUAAUGCUAUGUAUUGUGAUGUGAGAUUAUUCUACACUGGGUUGUUAUCGUUAGAAUAAUUGUUGAUAAGUCUAUGUAAAAUCUAUCAGCUUAAUACAUUUAAAUAUUAAGCACUGUAAAUUUUUACUUGUACAGAAUGAAAGUGAUAUCAUUAAAACCUAGAAUCGUA